AACACGUGAUGCAUGGGGCAGGUCUGGCAAAUGUUGCCGGUGGUCAGGAGGACGUUACAGCAGCAGUAGUUAAAACAGAGAUAGGGGAGUUGCUGAGCAGAGCAGAAUCCUCUCCCAUCGGAAUCGAGCAAAACAAAAUAAAUAAAUCAUGCCUCACCCUAUAAACGUGACGUCUAUAAUUAAAAAUGACAAACAAGGGCAUCGAGUGCUUUUGCAUACACUACAUUGAAGAAAUGAUUAUGUUUCCGUCACUUAAGUGGUACUGAGGUGGAGACAGCGAUCUGGAACAAGAGUCACAGCAUCCACAAUUAGACAGGCUGUUGGCCUCAGUUUACUGUCACUAAGUGGUAUCCAGCGGUGCUUAUUUGUUUUUGCCGUUGUUGGAUCAUCAGGCGUGGAAUUGAGUGGAGCAGCUGUUUCACAGCAGAUCCAAAGUGCUCAGCCCUUCUGCCUGCUGGGUCUGGUGAAAAUAAAUAGCUAGAAUACACACCUUGGAUAUCCAGCAGGAAGAGACAUUUGUUUUUAUUUCAUCACAUUAUAUCAUUACCCAAGAGUUUUCUAAUAUUUAAUGAAUGCAAGAUUAUCAGCUCAAAUCUGUGCCAUCAUCAGCCUGCAGUUCAGUGCGUUGCUACAAGGCUUGCACCUGGUAGCUGGAGGAUAAGGAAGCCAUGGCCACAAAGCAGCCAUAGCAGGAAGCCUGGUGUCGAGAAACUGGUGCUUUCCUGGAAUACGCCGAAGCGCAUAUUUUCAAUUGAGCGUCAUUUUUUUUUUUUUAAAUGGCUUAGUUAAGGAGAAUGGAAAGGAACCAGAAUUACCAGAACACCUUGAUUUGGAAGAGGAAGAGUUCCAACAAGGUAGUUUGUGGUAAAAGCCUCAAAUAAACGCCAUUGUCAACCGCCUGAGCUUCAGUGGAGAUGCUAUGAGCCCUUGUCACUGUGCUCAUCCUGACACUUUUGUAGUUUUUUGGUCGUAGUUCUUUGUCUUCCUCUUUUAAAAAAUAAAUAAAAUAAUUCAACGGAAUGUCCGUGGACAAAGCGGUGCGGGCGAAGAUGAAGACGGAGGAUGCGAGCGGGGGGCGGGACCAGGGCGGAGCGGGAGUUGUCCAUGACGACCACCUGCGGAGCCUGAAGGCCCUCACCAAGCGGCUCCGGCUGGAGACGGGGCGGCCCUCGUACCCCGAGUGGAAGGCCCAGGUCGAGGCCCAGCGGGGAAAGGGCCUUGGGGGGGCAGGACAGAGGGAGGAAGAUCCCCGCACCUCGCUGCGCUGGCCCAAACGAUCGGCCCAGGCCCCCGACGCCACCCUGGAGGGUCACCUGCCCACGGGGGGGCUUGGUGGGUUCAGGGAUGUCGACGAGGCCCUCGCCUGGCUCAGGAAAGAGUUGACGGACAUGCGGCUUCAGGACCAGCAGCUGGCCCGGCAACUGAUGCGUCUGCGCAGCGACAUCAACAAGCUGAAGAUCGAGCAGGCCUGCAACCUGCACCGCAAGAUGCUCAACGACGCCACCUACGGGCUGGAGGAGCGGGACGAGCUGUCGGACCUGCUGUGCGAUUUCCCCGUCACGCCAGGCUUCGGCCUCUCUGCGCCACUCAAACUCAUCGGCGUCACCAAGAUGAACAUCAACUCCCGCCGUUUCUCCCUCUGCUAGCAAGAAGCAGAGUGUGUGAGAGUCAACUCUCUGUGACCUCUGCCUUCAUCCUGGACGUGACGUCGACCAUCAGACGCCGCAGGGCACGGAAGCUCAGUGCUGAGUCUGCCACUACUUGCUGACUGUUUCAGUCAUGGCGCAACCAUGCUUUUGUAAUCAUGUUUUGAAUGUGAUACUCAGUAAUGCCUUAACACCUUGUGAUAUUGAUUGUACAUGAUCAUUAAUGAAGGCUGUGCUGUGUUUUGUGUGUGUGUGUGUGUGUGUGUGUGUGUGUGUGGGUGUGGGUGUGAGAGAGUUAGAGAGAGAGAAAGCGAGAGAAAGAAAGACAGGGAGACAGACAGUUUCAUCAGUCAUUUGAAGCUCUUGCUAAAUAGGCUGGUACGUUUUCCUUAAAUGCCUUUAACUCAACUGUAUUAAUGAUGUAAUUUUAAUUUUACUGUGUCAUUUCAAGUUGUAACAUAACAAUAGAAAAUAAAGUCUACCGAAGUUAGUAACAGGAA